GAUCCUGGCGGAACAUUUUUCAAUUUCUUUCCAAUUUUUCUUUCUUUCUCUCUACCUCAGCUUGCCAUAGAGACAUGGCAGGACCACCCACAGGCCAGUUAAGCGUUCACAGAUCAUUCGUGUUGACAUGCCCAAGAAAGGGAACCGAAAACGGCUGAAAUUCAGAGCCGGGGACGUUUGCUCGGAAUCAGUGACCGUCGCUGAUUAUGCUGAUGCCGACCCAGCCGUCGUGAAGUCAGGGAGGGUGAAAAAGGCUGUGGCAAAUGCAGUUGAGAAAGAAGUCAAAUUACUCUGUGGCCUGGAGGCAUCUCAGGGAGCUGUAGAUGAGGUCCUCUCGUCUUCACUGAGUGUCACAGCCGACGCGUUGGACAGCAGUGAUGACCUAGACCCCGAAGAGGAUGGAGAAAAUGAAACCAAAGUGGCCCACAAGAAGAAAAACAAGAGGAGAAAGGAAAGCAGCGAGAGCAGUGAUGGGGGGGAGUAUCCAGUGGAUAUUUGGUUAAUGCUCGCCUCCUAUAUUCGGCCCGAGGAUGUGUGCAGAUUUGCUCUAAUCUGUAGGAAUGCCUGGACAGUCACGUGCACCGCUGCGUUUUGGACCAGGCUCUACAGAAGGCACUACAAGACUGAUGCUAACCUGCCGUUCCGUCUCCAACCAAACUGUAUUGACAGGAUGUGCUCUUUACGUGCCCGUGUGAUUCGCUCCCUUUUCCAUUUGUAUGAGCCAUUCAGCUUGCGUGUCUCAAAAAUUCCUGCCCUGCCAGAAUCCACGCCCACAACUGUGCUCAACUCCAAGUGUUUACUGUUCUGGGUCAGAAAGGUGUCAGGUACCCGGCCCGAGGCAUUGUGGGAGUUCAACUUCAAGUUUCUAAAGCAGCAGGGACACAGUAAGAAUGGUUGCGCCAAGUCCUUGUGCAUGCCGAGACAAUACGAAGAUGUCCACACGAACCCAGACUCUGACUGCUAUAUGCUUCAGGUCACCACCCUCAACUUCAUCUUCACCCCUGUGGUCAUGGGAAUGACACUGUCCCUGUUCACAAUCAACGUUAGCACAGACAUGCGGCACCACCGCGUUCGUCUGAUAUUCCAGGACACGCCAAUCCAGCGGGGGAAGAAGAGGGGGGAUCAGAGCGGGACCCAGGUGGUGUUGGACCCGGUACACAGCGUAAAGCUCAUGGACUGGUGGCACCCACAGUACCCCUCCUCACCCCAAACAUAGGAAUCCUGCCCUGUCGGCAGAACAUCACACCAAGAACCCUGCUGUUGUCUCAUCCAACUCAUCAGAAAUACAAUAUUUGAUAGCUCUGCAGAACCCUUGAUUAUGUUCAUUCACAGAUGAAUCAACAUUUCACAUUUCGAUCAUCAUUGUCAGAUGUUAAAGAAAGCCAACAUUGACUGGCCUGGGAUCGACUAACUACAACUUCAACCUCCACACCCUACCUAUAGUUUAAUUUCAACAUCAUUGUUCUUCCUGGAUGUAAUCAGUUACCAUAUCAUUUUCCUGUAUGUACAUUAUUCCUUGGAAGACUGAUCUUGAAAUAUAUGUAAACAAAUCCACCACAUAGGGACAUGAGCAUUCCCUCUACUCUUUCAACCGUCCUCAAAUUGUUUAGCCUUGACAUCUCAGACCUAAGCGCAUAAUGUUUCACAAUAUAAAAAAUACUGUGAUUAGAUCACAGUGCUAGUUGAUGGAUGAUGUAUACUGAUGUAUUGCUCAGCCAUACAGACCUGCCAGAGUGAACGUGUACAUUUAGAUCUACCAGUUUCAUAAAAAGAUUCACGAGUCUGCCAUUAUUUCAGAUUAGACAACAUUUCAUUCUGAACCUACACGUGUAACACAUUUUUUUAAAGUCAUGGAUAAGCAUGGCUGAACAUUUGGACGGCCCUCCCUCAGGUUUGUUUUUAAGCACACUUGAAAAGUUACUCAAAAGUAUCUUGAUUUAGCAUUGGAUUAGUAUUUUUACAAUGUUGCAACAACAGAGUUUUUUUCUCUAUGUAUUUAAUUUAAGGCAGCAGCACUUAGUCAGUAUUAUGUGAAUAAUAAUGACACUGCCCUUAACUGAAGGGGCCAAAGAGAUGACUUACCUCAGACGUCUUCCACUCAUCUGCUGAUUUGGGUGGUGUUUCUAUUCUUUGUAGUGUUUCUUGGCUAAAAACAUCUUGAUUGUCUCCUUCCUAACUAUGUGAGCCACGUACCCUACUGCCUGCCAUGGAAUCUCAUUCUCAACUUUGAGUGGCUCAAAGUGCUAAAAGUGUUCUUGAGUGAGUGUUGAAUCAUACCAAUCACAUACUUGAUUAUGUUUGGGAGAGAGCGACCAUUAAUUUAUCCAUCCAACAGACACAGUCAAAAUUAUUAAACCAGGAUUGGUUUGCACAUAUACAUAUAUUGAUAACCACCAACAGUUUACACUUUUAAGAAUAAAAGUAAAAGACAGCUAGAUGUUGUGGUUAUCAGCAGUUGUUUGUUCAAGUGGUUGUUCUAGUUUCAUCAGAUGAGUUAAAUGAUAAAUGUACUGCACUGAAAUAAAAUCUGACAC